AUGUCUGAAGAACUUGCUCAAAAAACUGAAGAUUUGUCCUUGGAUUCAAAACAACAAUCAGACAAAACUGUUUUCGAUUCGAAAGAUGAAUUUACUGCUAAACAUCCAUUGAAUAGUAGAUGGACCUUGUGGUAUACAAAACCUCAAACUAGCAAGACCGAAAACUGGCAUGAUUUGUUGAAACCAGUCAUAACUUUUUCCUCAGUAGAGGAAUUCUGGGGAAUAUAUAACUCCAUUCCACCUGCAAACCAAUUACCUUUGAAAUCAGACUACCAUUUGUUCAAAGAAGGCAUUAGACCAGAAUGGGAAGAUGAAGCCAAUGCUAAGGGAGGUAAAUGGCAAUACUCUUUUCGUAAGGGUGAAGCCACCCCAAUCAUCAAUGAUUUAUGGUUACGUGGUUUGUUAGCCGUUAUUGGUGAAACUAUAGAGGACGACGAGGAUGAAGUUAACGGAAUCGUCAUCAACAUUAGGAAACAGGUAUACAGGAUUGGUAUUUGGACUAAGGAUUGCGAUGAAUCGAAAUUGAAAACCGUGGGUGAGAGGUUAAAGAAGAUUUUGCAAUUGAAAGAUGAACAAAAAGUUGAAUUCAUCUCUCAUGACGCUUCCAACAUUAGAGGUGCAGAGGCUCAAAUUGUUUUGUAA